GUCAAAUAUAAAUGAACGCUGGUUGAACAUUACAAUGGCAAAACGUGGAGUUUUACACGAGUUACCGACUCUAAAAGAUAGAUAACAUGGAUUACAAACGCGAUGCGUAUGGUUAACUAAGAAUAUCCACCUACAUUACUUGCCAUCCAGGAUGGAUCUUGGUAAGGCAAAGCUGCUCAGGACAGGUCUUAACACUCUACACCAAGCCAUACACCCUAUACAUGGGAUAGCGUGGACGGAUGGCAAGCAGGUCUGCCUCACAUCCUUCUACCUUCAGAAUGGAGAGGCAAAGUUUGGGGACACCAAUGUUAUCGGUCAGUUUGAGCAUGUCUUUGGGCUAUUCUGGGGACCACUGUGCUGCCCAGACUCCCCUGCAUUGCUGGCUGUGCAGCACAAGAAGCAUGUUACUGUGUGGCAGCUGCAGCUCAGUGCUCUGGAGCAGAACAAGCUGCUGUGCACACAGACCUGUGAGAUGAGCGAACCUUUCCCUUUGCUCUCCCAAGGCUGUGUGUGGCAUCCCAAACUGGACAUUCUUGCAGUGCUGACCAAGCGGGACACUUCUGUGUUGUUUUCUGUGCGGGUAGACAACAGGAGGACCAAAGCAGACAUCAAAGGCAGUGGACUGAUCCACUGUGCAUGCUGGACUAAGGAUGGUACACGGCUGGUAGUGGCUAUAGGCAGUGCUCUCCACUCUUACAUCUGGAAUGACAUCCAGAAGAGUUUGAUGGCAUGCUCUUUCUGUCCCAUCUUUGAUGUGGGAGGCUACAUCUGUGCCAUUGAGGCCACUGGGGAAGCACAGGUAGCUGUGGCAACAGAGCUGCCUCUGGACAAAAUAUGUGGGUUAAAUGCUGGCAUGGCCUUCGACGUGCCCUCAGAAGAGUCCCACAGCGCACACGUGGCCAUGUCAGAGGACGACGCUGUCUUUCAUCCGAAAAGAAGACUGUCUGAAUCUGAGAGGUCUUACAUACCAAGCUCAGGACCUCUGGAUCUCACACACCUCUUGGCAAGGCAUCGUCGCUCAGACCCCAGCCCCCUUAUUCACCUUCGUCGCAGAGACACGAUGACAGGCUCUGGGCAGGACUCCUCACACCUCAUCCUAGUCACCUAUGAGCGUAAAGUCACCACCACUCGCAAAGUCAGCAUCCCUGGGAUUUUGGUUCCAGACAUUGUAGCGUUUGACCCUCGUGGCUCCACGGUUGCCGUGGCCUCAAACACAUGCAACAUGGUGCUUGUGUACUGCAUCACAGCUUCCACUAUGCCAAACAUUCAGCAGAUCUCUCUUCAGGCGAACGAGAGGCCUAAAGGGGUCUGCUUCCUCACUGACAAGAUGCUGCUGUUGAUGGUGGGCAGGCAGAAGACCAAUGAUCCUGCCUUCCUUCCUUCUUCUAACACAGAUAAAUACAUUCUUCGAUUCAUAGCCAAAGAGCUGAUCUAUGAUGGAGAGACCCCCAUCCCAAAAUCUCCCUCACCUCACAAUCAUGACUCUACUAAUUUCAUUCCACGGAUUAGGCGACAUUCGGAGAACCUGUCAAAGGAUGACAGGGAGCAAACAGGGAUAAAGGAUUUGGUGCUGCCUGGAGGGGGAGUAAUUCGUUCACCAGCAAACAGGCGCAGGCUGGUGGAGGAGUUGAGGAGCCGUGAGCCAAGCCCAGUCAACAGCUCUGUUGACUUCUCUGACCGCACAUUAGACAGGGCCUCGUCCAGCGCCUCCUCUGUCAAGGUGGAGAACUUUGACAUGGACCAUGUCAACCGAAUGAGCAGCCUGGGGUUCGCAGGCCAGGCCAGAAGGGAUUCCAGCCGAGCCGGAUCGCCUCGCCCGGAACCAUCAGAGAAGCUUCACUCUGAGGCGACACUGCCUAUGACAGACAAGACAUCAGGCCCUGCUAGGGACCGCUCUCUGGAGCAGCUCGUCCAAAACAUGGAUAGGCUUUUUAAUCGCUUUGCAGACGUACAGCAGUGCCUGACAGACAUUAGAGAUUACACGCAGAAUGGAAAGAAGGCUGUGAGCGUUUACCCUAACGCCUCAGAUCCCCCCUAUGUCAAUGUGACAUGUCAGAGGCAGUUAUCAGAAAAUGUGUUCAUUGAUGAGCGGAGGCCGGUGCUUCUGUGCGAUGGGAAGCUGUGUCUGCAUGCCCUCCAAGAACUCUUCAACCUUACCAUUGUAGAAAUGAUGUAUGGUCCUUUGUGGAUUGUACUCGUGGCGGAUGCGGACGGCUUUGUACCUCUGACGUUUAAGCCCAAAGAGGAACUAACAGUGAGGAACGGGAAGAGGAAAACUAACAUACGAACUCCAGAGAGUUCCAGCCCUCCCAGUCCAGCCCCAGGACAAAACUCCCAAACUACUACUGAGGCCUCCUCCACCUAGUGCCUCUUUCCAAACACCUCGCUUUAUGGACACAUUCAGGUGUUUAGAUGCUACUUCUGGACUCUAGUGUGAAAAGCAAGGAGCAUAUGGCGUCACCAUUUAUAGAGCUUCACUAAUGCAGAUGAAUAGAUAUAUUUUUGUAAUGUAUCACUGUAGUGAUAUCAAAGUGGCUCUCCGGAUAGAUGUUUACAUACUGCAACUUCAUGCAAGCUUAACUCAACAGAGUUGAAGCACCAAUACUGUCUUGUCUUUAAUGUUGUUUUUUUUCUUAAAAUGCCGUCAAGUCAUUGCAAUUUAUCCCUUACUGUUAAUGGUGCCAUGGCCUAAGGCGAUGAAAUAAUAAGUCAAUGAUUUGGUAUUUUUUUAAGUUAUUAUCCUAUGAGUGGAGGUAUAAUACAGAUAUUACCCAUAAAGUCUCUUAAAGAGGACUCUAACCCUAUAAAGUCUUCACAUGUACACAUAUUGCUGAUGUUGGGCCUUCAUCUCCAUUUUUCAUUAUUUUAUUUUUUUUCAUAAAUUAGUGGUAUCAGUCACCUUUUACAUCUGUCAGUGAGAUUUAACCAAUUUUAAAGCAAUAAGCAGUGUCACAAAGAUGCUGCCCGUGACCAUUCUGUAUGAAAUCAAUUGAAAAUUACAAUGUUUUUUUAAAUCCCUAUGUAUGUGGUGAUUUUGGAAAUUUGAGGUUUUCACCUGGCACCAGCAAUAUCUAAAAUGUUGAUGACCACACAUUUAUAGCACCUUUUCUUCCAAGGCAAUGUUAGAAAGUGUAGUGGCACAACUGGCCACUAGAGGAGGUAAUUCUCAUUGCCAUUCAGAGCUCUGUGGAAAACCAAAGAAGUGUUCAAGUGUGUUUUGUUUGAAAGACUAUUUCCAAAUAGCCCUCUUGACCAUUAAAUUUUUCCAAUCAUUUGUGUGUAACUCACUUGACUUAAAAAAAAAAAAAAAAACACUCCACACAUUUAUCCGGUCUGCCAACCCACCUCUACAACAUUUAUUUCAUACCAUCAUCCCUCAGUAUAUCAUCAUUUCACCAAUAAAUAACAGUGUUGUAGAGUUAAACACAGCAAAUAAUGAUUUACAUUCAUUUAUAUAAAUAAGGUAAUUUUAAUAUAUUUUUAUAUGUCCAAGAUGACUGUACAGUACAUGUGAAAAUGAAACAAAAAUGUUUACAUUAAAAAAACUUAAACUGUCAGUGUAAUAUACAC